AUGAAUAAUAAUAGUAAUAGUAAACACUUAUUUUUAUCAUCAUUUAUUGACAAUAUAACAAAUAAUCUUUCAAGAUCAAAAAAUAAUUAUCAAUAUAGUGAUUCUGUUAAACGGUUCGCUCCAUUAUUAUAUAUAUUAGGUGGAAAAUUGACGUACGAAUUAGUACGAAUAAAUUUAGUUGGUGCACUGCCGCAUUUGUCGACAUUAAAUAAAUUAAUAUCAAGUACAGAUCUUAGUAUAAAAGAAGGUGAAUUUCAAUUUGAUAGAUUAAAACAAUAUUUAAAUUCUACUGAUGUACAAUUUGGUUUUGCAUCCGAAGAUUGUACUAGUGUUAUACGUAAAAUAAAAUAUGACGUUUCUACAAAUUCAUUUAUUGGUUUUUCGACACCACUCGCUAAUGGAAUACCAAUUGCUCAAUAUUACCAAACUGACUCAUUUGAAAAACUAAAGGAUUGGUUUAGCACAAUUAAUAAAGCACCAUUAGUAAAUAUACAUAUGUUUCAACCGUUACCAUCAAUUUGUACAACUUCAUCAAGUCCAUUUUUAAUAUCUGCAUAUAGUGUUGACAAUACAUUUACCGCAAAUGAUAUUUUACGACGAUGA